AUGGCUACGGCUCUUCAAGAUAUUGAGAUAAUGGCGAAGAUUCCUGAAGGCAAAGAAGUUGAAUCUGAGCAGGAUGAUUAUGUCAACUUCAAGAGGCUCGAGAAGCAACUUGAGCACUUACAAGUAAUGGAGGACUACAUAAAAUUGGAAACCAGAAACCUGGAGAAAGAGUUGCUUCAUGCUCAAGAGGAGGUUAAAAGAAUUCAAUCGGUACCCCUCGUUAUUGGUCAAUUCUUGGAAGCUGUCGAUCAAGAUCACGCAAUUGUGGGAAGCACAACAGGAUCUAACUAUUAUGUUCGUGUUCUAUCAAUUCUGGAUAGAGAGCUACUCAAACCCGGUUGUUCUGUUGCUCUUCACAAGUAUUCUAAUGCAUUAGUUGACGUACUACCACCAGAAGCCGACAGCUCGAUUCAAAUGUUAAGAGCUGAUGAAAAACCAGAUGUGUCCUAUGCAGACAUUGGAGGUUUGGAUAUGCAAAAGCAAGAAGUUCGCGAAGCUGUUGAAUUACCACUUACACAUGGUGAAUUGUACCAACAAAUUGGUAUUGAUCCCCCCAGAGGAGUGUUGAUGUAUGGUCCUCCUGGCUGUGGUAAAACUAUGUUGGCUAAAGCGGUUGCUGCUAAUACUGCUGCUUCUUUUAUCCGUGUUGUAGGAUCUGAAUUCGUACAGAAGUAUCUCGGAGAAGGUCCUCGAAUGGUUCGUGACGUUUUCCGUUUGGCUAAGGAAAACUCUCCAUCCAUCAUCUUCAUUGAUGAAAUCGAUGCUAUUGCUACAAAACGUUUUGAUGCUCAGACUGGAGCUGACAGAGAAGUACAGCGUAUUCUUCUUGAGCUCCUUAAUCAAAUGGAUGGUUUCGAUCAAAGUACUAACGUUAAGGUUAUCAUGGCUACUAACAGACAAGAUACCCUUGAUCCUGCUCUUCUUCGUCCGGGACGUUUGGAUCGCAAGAUUGAGUUCCCAUUGCCGGACAGAAGACAGAAGCGUCUUGUAUUUACUACUAUCACUUCCCGAAUGAAUCUCUCUGAUGAUGUAGAUCUCGAAGAUUUUGUUGCUCGUCCUGAAAAAAUCUCUGGAGCAGACAUUAAUUCGAUUUGUCAAGAGGCUGGUAUGCACGCUGUUCGGGAGAAUCGUUAUAUUGUCUUGACUAAAGAUUUUGAGAAAGCGUACAAGAACGUAAUGAAAAAAGAUCAAAACGAUUUCGAAUUUUACAAGUAA